GUCCUCUUACCAGCAGGCCCAGAAUUCCGGUAUUCACUACCUUGGCUACCGUGGGCAACCAAGCGGUGGUUAUGCGACACUAAAUGGCCCCCAAAAUACGCCUUUUUCACAAGUCUUGGUUGUUCUUUGCUCCUACCGCUCCCUGGAUGUACAUGUGAUGCUGCCACCGGUCCGGAUAUGGUCCUCUAUUCCCUCGUAGCAGCAGAACCACUGACAAUGCCAGUCUUCUGCAUUCCACUGCUGCAGGCGUCUUGCACAGAUAUCGUGCCUCACGAUGGAUCCUUCCACACUUGCUCCCCUUCAAUGUAGUUUUCAAAUCGACAACGACAUGUUCGAUCUAUGCCCUCUCAUCACGUCGCAUCCCGGACCGCUGGCGAUUUCGCUGGACGAAGAAACUCCCCCAACACGCACGAGAAACUCUUACAGUAUCAGCCUUAAUGGCCCCUUGAAACUGGAUGUAACUUUACCAGCCGAACUACAGUGUCCUGACGGUACUUGGAUAUGCCUGAUCGUUACCAAUGCAUGGCCAAACCGACCUUCGGAAUCCACCCGCGUUACAAAUGUGAUUCCUAUAGCAGUCGAUCCGAAUCUCAAUCCAACAGCCAAGCUUGGAGCAAAGGCGAAGCUAGACGAUUAUCACACACCGUUACAAGUGACACUCCACGGCGGCUCGUAUACAAGUCGAAAUGUAAGGCAAAAGGCUACGUUUCAGUUUAUAUGCGACCACGAUGUCGAAGAGCCAACAGAACCCGAAUUCGCAUGGUCCUUCAAUGGCACACACGCAUUUACGUGGAAAUCGAAACACGCCUGCUCGAGUAUAGUCUCAGGAUCUCCGACUAGUCCGUCAGAACCUGACCCCGAUCCUCCUGCGGAGCCCCCACACGAACCUGACCUCAUCGGCGAGGUCCCCGUUCAUCAAGUUGGACUUCUUCCGCUAUUCCUCAUAUUCUUCGCUAUUUUGUCUUUUAUCGUCAUCCGUGUUGUUUACCCCAGGAGUCGUCGGCGUGUGCGACACGCGAAGUUUAGACCAUCCUCUUCGCGGCUGCUGGAAUGGGCGCAACAAGCGGGAUUUACCGAUGUGGACUCUGAUGCAGAGUCGGACGAGUUUGGUAUUGAUGAGCAGAUACCGCUGACCCGUCGUAUGUAUGGAAGUGCUCCUAGCACGGGAGUCGUUUACGGGAGUACGGGCAGGUAACGCAAUUAUGCAUACUUAUUUUACGAUUUCAGAGCGGCUUGAACCGCUUUGUUUGAAUCCCAUCAAUACGAAGAAGAUUUCGACGAAAAUCAGUUGAUUCGUCCGCCGUUUCCUGCUUCCAUCGAAAUACGUAGCCUCGUGCGGCAUUAAUUUGC